AAUCCCACUCGCAUGCCAAUGUGCCAUUUCAGCUCUCCCUGGUCGGCCUUCCUGAUUUUCCACGAUUCUCUUCUUCCGAUCCUUCAGAGUCCCAAACGCCCACCCCACCAUAAACCUCACCAUUUACCAACUCCAUCCACCCACUCCCUCACUUCUUCAUUUUUCACUCGCACAGACAGCUUAUAUAACACAUAGUCACACACUGGACCUUAACGCAACUCCGUUAAUCAAUUAAAAAUGGGAAAAGGAGGGGGCUGCGUCCCUAGCAAGCAAAAAGGUCCCAAACCCUCCUCCACCCAAGACAGCCACCGUCCACUUCCCCAAGUGGAACCCACCGACGACACCCCUGCCACCGACGCCGUCAGUGAAAUCCCAAUUCAAGCCAAUCUUAAACUCUUCAUAGUAUUCUACUCAAUGUACGGCCACGUGGAGGGCCUAGCGCUGCGGAUGAAGAGAGGGGUGGACAGCGUGGAGGGGGUGGAGGCAGUUCUGUAUAGAGUUCCGGAGACCCUUUCCGAUGAUGUGUUGGCCCAAAUGCGGGCCCCGCCCAAAGAUGAUUCGAUUCCCGAGAUUGCUUCGGCGGCUCACUUGACACAGGCUGAUGGCUUCUUGUUUGGAUUUCCGACGAGGUAUGGAUGCAUGGCCGCCCAAAUGAAGGCUUUCUUUGAUUCUACUGGCCAGCUGUGGAGAGAGCAGAAGCUCGCUGGAAAGCCUGCCGGGUUUUUUGUUAGUACUGGGACGCAAGGAGGUGGUCAAGAGACCACUGCUUGGACUGCAAUCACCCAGUUGGCUCAUCAUGGAAUGCUUUAUGUUCCCAUUGGAUACACCUUUGGAGCUGGUAUGUUCAAAAUGGAUUCUCUUCGAGGGGGUUCUGCAUAUGGAGCUGGAGUCUUUGCUGGUGAUGGCACAAGACAGCCAACCGAAAUAGAGUUGGCCCUGGCAGAGCAUCAGGGAAAGUAUAUGGCUGCGGUAUUGAAGAAACUUGCACAAAUUUGACAAUGUGGUUUUAGACUUUAUCCUACCCCGUCUUGCUUGCGAGUUAAAACAUGGUUCUGAGUAAAUUGAUAGUGACAAACGGCCUCAUGUUGAAUCUGAGGCUCCCAUUCUUUUUGUGAUGUUACUUCCAUUGUCCGAUGCGCGUAGAAUCAUUUUCUAUGUCGAAAAUGUACAUGAUUAAAAGUUAUUUAUAAUCUGGAACUUAGAAGAGUGUGUCUAUACUGCUCUUUGUAUGCCUCUCUUUAGGUAAUUGCAGUCAUCAGUUCGUUGA